GCCCAGCGGCAGCGUUUCCGGGAGGACGGUCAGAAUGGGAAAAAAGGUGAAGAGGAAAUCGGAAGACGUUUCCUCGGAUGAGGAGGAGGAAUACGUGGUGGAGCGGGUGCUGGAUCGCCGUGUGGUCCGGGGACGCGUCGAGUUCCUGCUGAAGUGGAAAGGUUUCUCUGAGGCUGACAACACGUGGGAGCCGGAGAAGAACCUCGACUGCCCGGAGCUGAUCAGCGAGUUCCUGAAAACCUACAACAAGGAGAAGGAGAAGGAGAACGGGGCCGGAUCCAGGGACAAGGUGGAGGCUGGGAAGAGACGGUCAUCCAUUGUCAACGGCAGUGAGGACACAAAGGCCAAAAGGAAGAAGGAGGAUGAUGAUAACCUCAGGGGUUUCGAAAGGGGCCUGGAGCCAGAGAAGAUCAUUGGAGCCACAGACUCGUGUGGAGAGCUGAUGUUCUUAAUGAAAUGGAAGGACUCGGACGAGGCUGACCUGGUCCUGGCCAGGGAGGCCAACGUGAAAUGCCCCCAGAUUGUCAUCGCUUUCUACGAGGAGCGGCUCACAUGGCACGCGUACCCAGCAGAGGACGAGGAGCGCCGCGAGGAGGCCGAGACCAGCUAGAGGCGGACGGGCGCACCGUGUUGUGUGUGUGUGUGUGUUGGGGGGUGGGGGUGGGUGAGCAGCAGGCGCGGCCCUUCCUGGGAGCUGGGCUGGCGGUGUGGUGGGGGAGGUGUGGUAGAUGGGGAGGGAACACCGGGGACGCAGGCUUGUGAGCCCCUUUUUGGUUUUGCUCGUGCGACACGAUCUGGUCUUCGCUACUUAACUCUGUUUUUCUCUCCCCCACCCCGCCCCCCAACCAUUCCUACCCCCGCAUCUCCUCCCCCCCCC